CUCCGCCCCUGCAGUGCCGCUGUCCGCCGCAGGGGCCGCUGCAGCCGCGGGGCGGAGCCAGUGCUGCCCCGAACCGCGCCCUGAGAACAGCGGGACCGCGGCCGCGGUACUUCCCUCGGUGUUCCCGCUGCGGCAGCCGCGCUCCGUGGGCAUCGCCGCCACCUCCGGCACAGCCGCCAUGGACGACAUCUUCACGCAGUGCCGCGACGGCAACGCCGUGGCCGUGCGCCUCUGGCUCGACAACACCGAGAACGACCUCAACCAGGGGGAUGACCACGGGUUCAGCCCCCUGCACUGGGCGUGCCGCGAGGGCCGCGCCGGCGUGGUGGAUAUGCUCAUCAUGCGCGGCGCCCGCAUCAACGUCAUGAACCGCGGCGACGACUGCCCGCUGCACCUCGCCGCCAGCCACGGCCACCGCGACAUCGUCCAGAAGCUGCUGCAGUUCAAAGCCGACAUCAACGCCGUGAACGAGCACGGAAACACCGCUCUGCACUACGCCUGUUUCUGGGGCCACGACGGCCUCGCCGAGGACCUGGUGGGCAGUGGGGCUCUCGUGGGCGUCGCCAACAAAUACGGGGAGACACCGCUGGACAAGGCCAAAGCGCCGCUCCGCGACCUCCUCAAAGAGCGCGCCGAGAAGCUCGGGCAGAGCCUCACCAGGAUCCCCUACAAGGACACCUUCUGGAAGGGAACCACCCGCACGCGCCCACGGAAUGGGACCCUCAACAAACUCGCUGGGAUCGACUUCAAGCAGCUGAGCCUCAGCCAGAAGCUCAACGAGAACCAUUCCGGAGAGCUCUGGAAGGGGCGCUGGCAGGGGAACGACAUCGGCAUCAAGAUGCUGAGGAUCCGCGAUUGGACCACGCGGAAGAGCCGGGAUUUCAACGAGGAGUACCCGAAGCUGCGGAUCUUCUCCCAUCCCAACGUGCUGCCGGUGUUGGGCGCCUGCCAGGCCCCUCCGGCGCCGCAUCCCAUCAUCAUCAGCCAUUGGAUGCCCUACGGAUCCCUCUACAACGUUCUCCACGAGGGGACGAAUUUCGUGGUGGAUCAGACGCAGGCGGUGAAGUUCGCCUUCGACAUCGCGCGCGGAAUGGCCUUCCUGCACACGCUGGAGCCGCUCAUCCCGCGGCACCACCUCAACAGCCGCGGCGUCAUGAUCGACGAGGACAUGACGGCGCGGAUCAGCAUGGCGGACGUCAAGUUCUCCUUCCAGUGCCCGGGGCGGAUGUACGCUCCGGCCUGGGUGGCUCCGGAGGCGCUGCAGAAGAAGCCGGAGGAGAUCAACCGCCGCUCGGCCGAUAUGUGGAGCUUCGCGGUGCUGCUCUGGGAGUUGGUGACCCGCGAGGUGCCCUUCGCCGACCUCUCCAACAUGGAGAUAGGGAUGAAGGUGGCGCUGGAGGGGCUGCGCCCCACCAUCCCUCCCGGCAUCUCGCCGCACGUCUGCAAGCUGAUGAAGAUCUGCAUGAACGAGGACGCGGCGAAGCGCCCCAAGUUCGAUAUGAUCGUCCCCAUCCUCGAGAAGAUGCAGGAGAAGUAGGGGCCGCGCUUCCCGCUCCGCAUUCCCAAGUGCCUUCGCCUCCCGCCACGCCCAGGGGAGCCGGGAUCGCCGCCGUCCCCCUCGUCCCACCACGGACACACGGUACAGCCCGCGCCGCUCCGGACACCGCGAUGAG